AUGCGCCCCUCGCGCGAGUACGACGACGACCCAGUCCUGCAACAAGUCGAGAGCAUGCUCGAGCAGGACCGCCGCGACUCGUCCGCCUCGUCGACCACGGCCGCCCACUCGCGACACUCGUCCCGGAGCCACACCCCGCCCCUCCCGCCUCUGCAGCACCACCACCACCACCGGCCAGCUCCCCGCACCGUUCUCCUGUCGCACAUCGCCCUCGUCGUCGCCUCGGCCGCCGCAGCGCGACAGCUCUCGCGCCUCGCCCGCCUCUCGAGCCGCUCGACCGUCGCCCUCCCCCUCGCCCACUUCCUCGUCCUCGCCCUUGCCGCACUCGUUUACGGCUGGCUACGGCCGAGCAUGACGCACGCGCACACGUCGCCGAGCGUGCUCGAGCUCGGCAAAGGGUCGCACCUGGCCGCGACGACGGCGUCGACGAGGCGGCAGGCGUGGGCGACGGGCGCCGUCGUCGCCGUGUGCUUCAACCUGCGCGUGUUGGAGCUCCGGGCAGGGCAACCGAGGCUCAGCGAGGCGCUCGAGGUCUUCGCCAUCCCCGCCUUCCUCGCCCUCUCGCCCUGGCUCUCGACUCGCCUGUCGCACUCAAACUUGUGGCACAUCGUCCCGUCGACGCCCUUCCUCGCCGGGGCUUCGGCCACGACGUUCCUCGUCGGCUUCGCGCUCAUCGGCGUGCCGGCGCGAGGCGGUGCGCUCGUGCUCGCCCUCGUGCGCAUCCCGCUCGAGGCGGCGGCGCUCACGAUGGUCAAGAACGGCGUGGCGGACGAGGCGCCCUUGAGCUUGUUCUUCACCGGCAGCGCCAUUAGCGCCACCUUCACCUCCCUCGUCUUCCUCCCCGUCACCUACUUGACCCUCCCGUCGGCCCACGCCCCGACCCUCGGCGCAUCGGGCUACGUCUCGUUCUCGGCCACCCUCGUCCUCACGACCCUCGCCUCGGUCGCCCUCCUCUUUCACCUCACGACGACGACCUCGGCCCUCCCCGCCGCCGUGUCGAUCUUCCCGCGCAACUUGAUCCUCCUCGUGUGGUCGGCGUUCGGGCGCGAGGGCGUCGCGCUGCGCGAGAACUGGAUCCAGAUCGUCCUCGUCUACGUCUGCGGGUCGGUCGCCCUCUCGUGGACCGAGACCGAGCUGUACGAGGCCUUCAUCAAGUCGCGCAAGCCUGCGCCGCCGUUCGCGCCCGCCGGGUCUCACGCCGACACGGUACCGCCCUCGCCUGCGUCGUCGGUCACGUUCAGCUCGCCUCCAGCCCACUCGUACAAGAUCCCGUCGUCCGCCUCGGCAUCAUCGUCCGACCGAGGGUCGCUCCCGUCGAUCCUGAGCUUUGUGCCGUUCAUCCCGCUCCUCGCCUACCUCAUCACGACGCCGGCGACGACCUCGUCCCUGUCGUCGGCGUGCGCCUACCUCCCGCCCUACCUGCGCACGACCGUCUGCCCCGUCUCGGCCUCGGCGCCCAUCUCGCGCUCGGUCGACCUCGUCAUCGCGUACUACAACGAGGACCUCGCGCGUGCCGAGGCGCACAUCUCGUUCAUCCGCGAGUCGAACUUUGUGCGCAAGCGGAGCAACCGCGUCGUCGUGUACAACAAGGGCAUGCGCACCGAGCAGGAGAUCCGCAAAGGCCUCAAGCUCAAGUGGGGCGACGAGGUCGUGCCGCUGCCGAACCUCGGUCGAGAAGGCGCGACCUACCUCACGCACAUUCUCCUGCACUACAACUCGACCCUGUCGUCCAUCUCGCCCGCGUGGCAGUCGGCCUCGCCCGCACCUCCUCACCUCGCCGCGCCGCUCGCCCACCUGCGCACGACGACGCUCGCCGACACGACCUACUUCCUCCAGCCGCACCUCGCGUGGGACUUUAUCGCCAAGCCCCGACUCGCCGAGGUCGCCGACGAGACGGGCUUCGCCCACUUUGGCCCGCUCGUCAGGAGCGAGUGCGGCAACGACUUGAGGGCGCCCGUCAACCUUCCUGUCGUCAAGGAGCUGUACAACGUGUUCGCGGGCGAGAUCUGUCCUCCAGGCGGCCAACUUGCUGCUUGGUCGGCGCAGAUGGCCGUCUCGAAACGGCGCAUCCUCGCGCAGCCCUACAAGCGCUACAGCGCCAUCUCGACCCUCAUGGAGGCGCCCGAGGGCCACUGGAUCCACGAUCAGUGGGGCCCGAACGAGAGCGGCGGCCCGUCGAACCCGGUGCUCGGGCACUCGCUCGAGCGUGCGUGGCCCGUCAUCAUGGGCUGCAGGGACGUCAAGCUCGUCGACCAGUGCCCGGACGAGGAGUUCAGGAGGGACUUGUGCCAGUGUCUCGAUCGGUAGCGACGCUGUGUUGGAUUUUCGUGCCGUUCCUCGCC